AUGCGCAUUGAGCAAUUGGAUAACGACCCCAAAAACCUUUACCGUCUGCCGUCGAGUUCCCACGCCCUCAUUUUUGAGGACGAUGAUAGCGAGUCUGACAUCGAUCUCGUUAGCCCUAGCAAGAAAGGGUUUCUCGGCGUAUUAGACGAUGAUAGCGAGUCUGACAUCGAUCUCGUUGGCCCUACCAAAAAUGAGUCCCAUAAGAAAGCGAAGAAGGGUGACGAGGCAGACAACACGGCCAAUGUUCGCAAAAAGGCUAUGAAAGGGUGA